AUGUUAAUUGUGCCAGUAACUGAUGCGAAACCUGAUGUGAUAUUUUAUUGCUCAAGUGACAUGCUCUUUGAUAUUAUAUAUGAAACACACGUUUCUAUUGGACAUGGUGGUAGAGACCACAUAAUAAAACAACUGAAUCGUCGGUAUAAAAACAUUACUCAGAAUGACAUAAAGCUGUUUUUGAGUGUUUGUGAAUCUUGUCAACAAAAACGAAAUAUGAGAAAGAAAGGCAUUGUGAUUAAGCCCAUGGUGUUUCCACGUCUGAAUUCAAGAUGUCACGUAGAUCUCAUAGAUUUUCAGUCUCAAUCUGAUGGAAACUAUAAAUUUAUUUUAGUUUACCAGGAUCAUUUUACUAAGUUUGUGAUUUUAAGACCUCUCCAAACAAAAAGAGCAGAAGAGAACGCAAUGCAUUUUCUCAAUAUAUUUUUAUUGUUUGGUGCCCCACGUGUACUACAAUCCGACAGUGGAAGGGAUUUCUGCAGUAAACUUAUAGACGACUUGAAAAUAACUUGGCCGGAACUUAAGAUCGUACAUGGUAAACCCAGACAUAGUCAGAGUCAAGGUAGCGUCGAGAGGGCUUGGAUGCAAGACAACCAAUCUACUUCAUGGAGCCAUGGAGUUAAAUUUAUUCAAUUUAUUAAAAACAGGGCACUUCAUUCUAGUACACAGAGAACGCUUUUGGAGGUUAUGUUUGGCUGUGCUUCUAGAGUUGGACUAGACACAGCUCCUAUUCCAAGAGAAGUGUUGGAUGCAGUAGAGGAUGAACAACAGUUUGAAAAUGCCUUAACAGAAGUGCCUUUCGAGCGUUAUGAAGAUACACAACCUGAAUAA